UGGGCCGUGUGGUUGUUCGCAGCAUGCUUUCUGCUGAUCGUCGUCGUUCUCUUGCUCGACUACUGCGUUACCCGGCGCAACGCCCUUGGCAACACGUGUUGUACUCGUUCUCGACAGAAACGCAAUACUACGACCUCUACUCAUCAAAAACGAUCAACCAAUAUGCUUCUCAAUGUAUGAUAAGCCUUAAGACAUUAAUAGAAUGUCCUUCUUCGGUCUCUGUGGUUCGAUCUAGCGUCUUUUUGCUUCCAGGAUUUUCCGCUCCACGUUUUCCAUCGAACCACAGAUGA